GGCCACUGAGGGCUGAAAAGGAAAACCAGAAGAAAGAGAAAACAUUACCUGCUGACCAGCAGAGGUGAGAGAGCCGGACAGCUCUGUUCUAGGUGGCAAGAACCAUGCACUUCUCCGGCUCAGCCAGGGCAGCAGAUGAGAACUUUGACUAUCUGUUCAAGAUUAUCCUCAUUGGGGAUUCCAAUGUGGGGAAGACGUGUGUGGUGCAGCAUUUCAAGUCUGGAGUCUACACGGAGACACAGCAGAACACGAUUGGAGUGGACUUUACCGUGCGCUCCCUUGAUAUUGAUGGCAAGAAAGUGAAGAUGCAGGUGUGGGACACAGCUGGCCAGGAGCGCUUUCGCACCAUCACCCAAAGCUACUACCGCAGUGCCCACGCGGCCAUCAUCGCCUAUGACCUCACCCGGCGGUCCACGUUUGAGUCCGUCCCUCACUGGAUUCAUGAGAUAGAGAAAUAUGGAGCUGCAAAUUUGGUCAUUAUGCUGAUUGGAAAUAAAUGUGACCUCUGGGAAAAGCGGCACGUCCUGUUCGAAGAUGCCUGCACACUGGCUGAGAAGUACGGCCUCCUGGCCGUUUUGGAGACAUCGGCCAAGGAAUCCAAGAACAUAGACGAACUCUUCGUGCUCAUGGCCAAGGAGCUGAUCGCCCGCAACAGCCUGCACCUAUAUGGGGAGAGUGCCCUGAACAGCCUCCCACUGGACUCCAGCCCCGUUCUUAUGGCCCAGGGUCCAAGUGAAAAGACCCACUGCACUUGCUAAGAUGUUUGCAAAGCCAGUCACACCCACCAAAGAGGCAGCCUCUGAAACUAAAGGUAGCCAG